AUGAUCUAUGCUGUCGAGUUUGGGACAAUUGGUGAUGUUCCAAGCAUUUUGGAAAUAGAACUGCCAGCAAUAUUGUUCAAUGAGAGCCUCUUCAUUGAACUGAAUGGCAGCCUGACCCAGCUGGAUGGCAGCAACAUUAGCCAAAACAACUGGAACAUCAGCAGCAAUGCAGGCGGCAACAUAACCCAACUGGAGGAGGCGCAACGUGCCGCCAAUGAGCGUGCCGCAGCCGAGUUUUGGCUGCUGGUCAAAAUGAUUGCCAUGACCGUUGUGUUGGGCCUAAUGAUACUCGUCACCAUUAUAGGCAAUGUAUUUGUGAUUGCUGCCAUUAUACUGGAGCGCAACUUGCAAAAUGUAGCUAAUUAUUUGGUCGCAUCUCUGGCAGUUGCUGAUUUAUUUGUUGCCUGUCUCGUCAUGCCGCUUGGCGCCGUCUACGAGAUAAGCAAUGGCUGGAUUUUGGGACCGGAACUCUGCGACAUUUGGACAUCGUGCGAUGUGCUCUGCUGCACGGCAUCCAUACUGCACCUGGUGGCCAUAGCAGCGGACAGAUAUUGGACCGUUACGAACAUUGAUUACAACAAUUUGCGAACGCCCCGGCGUGUCUUCAUUAUGAUAUUCUGCGUGUGGUUUGCCGCUUUGAUAGUGUCGCUGGCACCGCAGUUUGGCUGGAAGGAUCCGGAUUACAUGAAGCGCAUCGAGGAGCAGAAUUGCAUGGUCUCGCAGGAUGUGGCCUAUCAGAUAUUUGCCACAUGUUGUACGUUUUAUGUGCCGUUGCUGGUCAUUUUGUUUUUGUACUGGAAAAUCUAUUUGAUUGCAAGGAAGCGCAUUCAGCGUCGCACACAAAAGUCCUUCAAUGUGACGCUAACUGAAACCGAGUGCGAUUCCACGGCGCGUGACGUGCACAAGGAGCGCGGCAAACGGCGCGUGGCAAAGCGUGAACAGGAACGCGCACUGCAAGACACGGAAAAUGGCAUCGGGCAGCUGCAGCGAUGCCCACGUAAACGCAUGAAGAUUUGCUUUGGACGCAACUCGAAUACGGCCAACAUUAGGGCUGGCUCCGAGGGAGCAGUGGCCCGCUCGAUGGCCGCAAUCGCCGUGGACUUUGCCAGUUUGGCGAUAACGCGCGAGGAGACGGAGUUCAGCACCAGCAACUACGACAACAAGAGCCACGCGGGCACCGAGCUUACGACCAUAUCCAGCGAUGCGGAUGACUAUCGCACGAGCAAUGCUAACGAAAUCAUAACACUAUCCCAGCAGGUGUCCAGCACCACACAGCAGCAUCUAAUAGCUUCCCAUUUGAAUGCCAUUACGCCGCUGGCGCAGUCCAUCGCCAUGGGUGGUAUUGCAGCCAGCAAGCAGACGGCAGCAGCAGCAGCAGCAGCGGCAGCAGCAGGAGGCGGCAACAGUCCCAUUGGAGCUGGUGUUGGUAAGGGUGUGCUGGCCAGCAUUGCGAAUCCACACCAGAAGCUGGCCAAGCGACGCCAGCUGUUGGAGGCGAAACGGGAACGGAAGGCAGCGCAAACAUUGGCCAUCAUCACCGGCGCCUUUGUCAUCUGUUGGCUGCCCUUCUUUGUUAUGGCGCUCACAAUGAGCCUGUGCAAGGACUGCGAAAUUCAUCCAGCAGUUGCAUCCCUCAUCCUCUGGCUGGGCUACUUCAACUCCACGCUCAAUCCGGUCAUCUAUACGAUCUUCAAUCCAGAGUUCCGACGCGCCUUUAAGCGCAUUCUAUUCGGCCGAAAGAAUGCGGCACGGGCGCGCAGUGCGAAAAUUUGAUUUCAACUGAAAACCAACGAGGACCAGUAUCUGUAAGCUCCUAACAAAAGGUGAAAGCGAAAGUUACUAAACUAUGGCACAUGCAUUAAGGCCCCAAGUAAAUAUAGACUCAACAGAUUUCAACUCAGACACCAAACGAUAAAGUGGUAUGUAAAUACAAACGAUAAAAGAAAUGUAUAUGGAAAUGGUAAUAUGGAAUAUGGAAUUGACAUUGGGAUUGCAUUAGAUUAUAGAUUAGUUAGGCAUAUUUGUAGUUGUAGUUGUAGCGCGUUUGACGAUGUUUUAGCAGCGACAAUCCUAAGUACAUGUACUCUAUAAGUAAUUCCUAACCUACCUUAACGAGUAACACACACGUGCCCCAAAACAGUAACCGCAAAACCAAGAAACCAACAAGCAAAUAAAUAAAAAAAAAACAAUUUUUAUAUGUUAUAUAGAAGUGUUAGCUGUAAGAACUCUCACACACAAAUACACACACAGAAUUGAUUGUAUUCGUAUGCGUAUUGUAGUUGAUAUAUAUAAAUAU